UUGAAUGAGAAACAGUUUGGACAUGAUGCUGUGGAGAGAGACAACAUUGUUGGUGGUACUACUGCUACUUCUACUCCACACAAGUCAUGCUCGUUGUCUUCCUUCUUCGUGUGGCAAAAUCAGCAACAUCACUUAUCCAUUUCGAUUAAAAGGCGACCCAGAAAAGUGUGGUGAGGAAAGGUAUGAGGUUGGUUGUGAGAAUAAUGUUACGGUGUUGUAUCUGCACUCUGCAAAAUACCAUGUUCAGGCAAUCAACUACAACAAGUACACAGUGAGAGUGGUUGAUCCUGCUCUUCAACUCCAUAACUGCUCCUCUCUUCCUCUCCGCUCCCUCUCUCGCUCCAAUUUCUCUGACACUUACACGCACCGCAUGGGUCCAUACCAAGCCGGUCUAGAUUCAUAUGAAAAUUGGGAAUCGCUGAGUUUCAAGCAUAUAGUGUUUGUGAAUUGUAAGCAUUCAGUGAGAGAGAAUGUAAAGUAUGUGAAAACAGAAGAGUGCGUGAAGUGGGACUCAAAGGGCUAUGCAUAUGCUUUUGUUGGUGACCUGAAAGCAGAGGACAUUGAAGUUGGGUGUGACAUAAAGCUUGUUGCUCCAACAUCUUUGAGGACUUUCAAUAACCAUUCCUACACUUCCAUGCACAGCAGCUUGGCCUAUGGAUUUGAGAUUUCUUGGGUAAAACUCGCCUGCCAGAAUUGUCUACUCUCAUCAACCUAUUGCUAUUUCGACUCUUCUAUACAGAAGCUUCAAUAUUGCAACUUCGGUAUACUGGAAGAGCUGAUACAGAAAUCAGCAGGUACCCCAUUUGUCUUGAUGGCAUGGAGUUGUAGAGGUUUGCUUGGAAUACCACCAUUGAUUGUUGUGGUUUUGAUAUGCAAAUGGCGGAAAAGAUAUGCAUCAAUGUAUCAAAAUAUUGAAAACUAUCUUAAGAAAAAUAAUAUGGCACCUAUUAGAUACUCAUACAAGCAAAUUAAGAAGAUGGCUGGAGGGUUUAAAGAGAAAUUAGGGGAAGGAGGAUUUGGUUCGGUAUUUAAGGCAAAGUUGUCCAAUGGACCUUGUGUGGCAAUCAAAAUGUUAGACAAAUCCAAAGGAAAUGGACAAGAUUUUAUCAGUGAAAUUGCAACCAUCGGAAGAAUACAUCAUCAAAAUGUGGUAAAGUUAAUUGGAUUUUGUGUUCAUGGCUCAAAGCGUUAUAUUGUGUAUGAAUUCAUGUCCAAUGGAUCUCUCGAUAAAUUUAUUUUUUCAAAAGAUGAGAGGGUUCAUUUAAGUUAUGAAAAAAUAUAUAAUAUAUCAAUUGAAGUGGGUCGUGGGAUUGCUUAUCUCCACCAUGGGUGUGAGAUGAAGAUUUUGCAUUUUGAUAUAAAACCCCACAACAUCCUCCUAGAUGAAAACUUUCUACCGAAGAUCUCUGACUUUGGGUUGGCAAAGCUAUAUUCAAUAGAUAAUAGCAUUGUCACAAUGACUGCAGCAAGAGGAACCAUUGGAUAUAUGGCUCCAGAAUUAUUUUAUAAUAACAUUGGAGGAAUAUCCAAUAAGGUUGAUGUGUAUAGUUUUGGAAUGCUUUUGAUGGAGAUGGCAAGCAAGAGAAAGAAUUUAAACCCCCUUGUAGAACACUCAAGUCAGCUUUACUUUCCACUUUGGAUUUAUAAUCACAUUAGAGAAGAGGAAAUUAUUGAAAUGGAAGAUAUGACAGAGGAUGAAAGGAAAAUAAUAAAGAAGAUGAUCAUAGUGGCACUGUGGUGUAUACAAUUGAAACCAAAUGAUCGUCCCUCAAUGGAUAGAGUAGUAGAAAUGCUUGAAGGAGAUGUUGAAGACUUGGAAAUGCCUCCAAAACCUAUUCUCUACCCAGAUGAAACGGUGAUAGAGGAUCAAACAAUCAACUCUAAAUAGAUGUAUUCAAUGUUGAAAUUACUUUGUUUGUACAGUAUAUACAAUUCUACGAUGAACAAUAAUAUUU